AUGGAGUCCCCGCCUGAUCCAGCGAGCGACCCGGGCAACAGCGCCUCGGAGCCGGCUACCCCGGUCAGGGAAACCCCGGUAAGCCUGGAGACGCUCCGGAAAGCGGACCAUCCAGCCCCGGUUCGAAGGCAGACCUGCUCGAGCACCAAUAGAGGUAUCUCUGUAACAAAGAAGACGCACACAUCUCAAAUCGAAAUAAUUCCCUGCAAGAUCUGUGGAGACAAAUCAUCAGGCAUCCAUUAUGGUGUGAUAACAUGUGAAGGAUGUAAGGGCUUCUUCAGGAGGAGUCAGCAGAGCAAUGCGGCCUACUCCUGCCCCCGUCAGAAGAACUGCCUGAUCGACCGCACUAGCCGCAACCGCUGCCAGCACUGCCGGCUGCAGAAGUGCCUGGCGGUUGGCAUGUCACGAGAUGCGGUGAAGUUUGGCCGCAUGUCCAAGAAGCAACGAGACAGCCUCUACGCUGAGGUCCAGAAGCAUCGGCUCCAGCAGCAGCAGCGGGACCACCAACAGCAGCCGGGGGAGGCGGAGCCUCUCACACCUAGCUACGGUCUCUCGGCUAACGGUCUCACGGAGCUCCACGACGACCUCAGUGGCUACAUGGACGGUCACACCCCCGACGGCACCAAACCAGACUCUGCCGUCAGCAGCUUCUACCUGGACAUCCAGCCCUCACCGGACCAGUCUGGCUUGGACAUUAACGGCAUCAAGCCUGAGCCCAUCUGCGACUUUGCCCCUGGCUCCGGCUUCUUCCCUUACUGCUCCUUCACCAACGGAGAAACUUCCCCUACCGUGUCCAUGGCAGAACUAGAGCACUUGGCCCAAAAUAUCUCCAAAUCACACAUGGAGACAUGUCAGUACCUGAGAGAGGAACUGCAGCAGAUGACCUGGCAAGCCUUCCUGCAAGAGGAGGUAGAGAACUACCAGAGCAAGCCGCGGGAAGUUAUGUGGCAGCUGUGCGCUAUCAAAAUAACAGAGGCUAUCCAGUAUGUGGUGGAGUUCGCCAAGCGCAUCGAUGGCUUCAUGGAGCUGUGUCAGAACGAUCAGAUAGUGCUGCUCAAAGCAGGCUCUUUGGAAGUUGUGUUCGUCAGAAUGUGUCGUGCCUUUGACUCGCAAAACAACACGGUCUAUUUUGACGGAAAGUAUGCAGGGCCAGAUGUGUUCAAGUCAUUAGGCUGUGACGACUUGAUCAGCUCCGUCUUCGAGUUUGGAAAAAACUUAUGUUCGAUGCACCUGUCUGAGGAUGAGAUCGCCCUGUUCUCCGCCUUUGUGUUGAUGUCUGCUGAUCGAUCCUGGCUCCAGGAGAAGGUAAAGGUGGAGAAACUUCAGCAGAAGAUCCAGUUGGCUCUACAGCACGUCCUGCAGAAGAACCACAGAGAGGACGGAAUUCUCACAAAGUUGAUAUGCAAAGUUUCGACACUGCGGGCACUGUGCAGUAGGCAUACAGAAAAGCUUACGGCUUUCAAAGCAAUAUACCCAGACAUUGUGCGUGCCCACUUCCCCCCCUUAUAUAAGGAGCUGUUUGGAUCAGACUUUGAGCAGUCCAUGCCCGUUGACGGGUAG